AUGGUAGUUCAGAUCGCAUAUAGGCUCGGUGGAAACCGUCCAAGUCUCGGCAAGGAAGUUGGGAAUAGACAGGGUCGCCAUAUCUCCAUGGUUAAAUCUGCCCUGCAUGUUCCCGCAGCUGUGGCGGCGCCACUAGCCCCGGCUGGCCGCGGCAAGACAAGCGGUCGGGGUCGGGCUUUUGAACUAUUUCCCCGAUCGGGAAACUCCGUGUUCACGAGGAGUGGCUCAAGGUCCCCGACGUUAGCAGUCGCUCCCAAAAACUCACCAGGGCGUCGCCGAGGCGCGCCGAUGCGAGCGGGCAGGGUGCCAGGCCGACAGCGUCGAGGCGCUCGAGCACAACGACGUGCUCAUAUGGACCGAAAAGGAGGCGGGCGGCAACCCAUCGUUCGGCUGACCCUGUCUUUCGCCGUCACCCACACGACCACGGACUUGUUAGCCCAAGUGAUGGCUCGCCUGGCCGCCGCCUGUGAACUGAUCGAGCCGCUACGCAAGGAGGCCGUCGAGGUCUUCGGGGCAGAGGGGUGGAGCAAGCAGUCCCUCUACAAGCUGAAGCUCAUGGACAGUGCCCUCAAGGAGACGCAACGGGUGAAGCCCAUUAACAACUUGGCAAUGCAGCGCUUCGUCCUUCAGAAUACGGAUAUUCAAGGCGGUAUCAAGCUGCACAGAGGGGGCCGGCUUGCGCUUAACGCCAAGUUGACCCUCAUGAACCCGCAGACGUAUCCGGAGCCGGAAAAGUUCGACAUCUACCGCUUCUACCGCAUCCGCGGGAACGCCGAGGCCAGGGCCGAGGCAAAGGCCCAGCUCGUGUCGACGUCGCCCGAUUUCGUGGCGCCCUUUGGCUACGGCAAGCACGCGUGCCCGGGCCGCUUCUUCGCCGCGGCCGAGAUCAAGAUCAUACUGGUAUACAUGCUGGUCAACUACGACUGGAAGAUGGCCGACAGCGUCCCGGCCGUGCCCAACAUUUGGUUGGGAACUGACUGCGUGCUCAGGCCCGGCACCAAGCUGCUGUGCAAGAGCCGCACGCCUGAGAUCAAUCUCGACUCGCUUGAGUUCAACGAGGCUAGUGUUGAGGAGUAG